UCUGCUUGGUUCAUCUUCCAACAUUAAGAUUUUCACUUGGCUGCUUCCCCUAGGUCAACAGACUCUUGGUGGCAAGCGAGCCCCUAUGGAGAGCAACAAACACGGCAAGAAGCUGCACCUUAUCCAAAGAGGCUCCGCCCCGAAGGGGAAGGUGCCAGCCAACGGUCGCACGGAGUUGGGCAAGAUUUCUCCGGGUGAGAACGGUUUCCUGAUGCCGGCCAAGAAGAUAAGGGAUUGCGUGGCGGUCGGGGACAACGAAUUUCCCUGUGCCGAGCGCCGACUGUCUCGGAGUUACGUGGUGCUCUCGCACAAGGACUCGUCGGCAAUUGUUGACAAUGUUGGAGCCCAGAGCGCCACUAGUCCGGGCUAUCGCCAACAAGCCACGCCGUUCCGAGCCCCAGACCAGAGGGACACGUGGGGCAAAAAAAUGGACUUCUUGUUGUCAGUGAUUGGGUUUGCUGUGGAUUUGGGAAAUGUCUGGAGAUUUCCUUAUAUUUGCUAUCAAAAUGGUGGCGGUGCAUUUCUCAUUCCCUACACCUUAAUGGCAAUGUUUGGCGGAAUCCCUUUGUUCUACAUGGAGUUGGCAUUGGGACAGUAUCAGAGAACAGGAGUUAUUCCUGUUUGGAAGAGGAUAUGUCCAAUAUUUAAAGGGAUUGGAUACGCAAUCUGUAUCAUUUCUCUGUACGUCUCUUUCUAUUACAACACCAUCAUAUCAUGGGCUCUCUACUAUUUCUACUGUUCAUUCACGGCCACCUUGCCAUGGACCAACUGUGACAAUUCUUGGAACACACCCAACUGUAUCAACUACUUUGGCAAAAAUAAUGUCUCCUGGAAUAACUUCUCCAAGUCUCCAGCAGAAGAAUUUUUUAUACGGAAUGUUCUGGAGAUCCACAAAUCCCAGGGGUUACGUUAUGUGGGUGUGAUCCGCUGGCAGCUUCUUCUGUGUCUCUUCGUCAUCUUCACCAUUGUUUACUUCAGUCUAUGGAAGGGGGUUAAAACGUCCGGAAAGAUAGUCUGGGUGACGGCCACACUGCCCUAUCUGGUGCUUUUUGUCCUUUUGAUAAGAGGAGCCACUUUACCUGGAGCAUGGCGAGGUGUGGCCUUCUACCUCAAACCAAACUGGAAGAAGCUGCUGGACACAAAUGUCUGGGUGGAUGCAGCUACACAGAUUUUCUUCUCGAUGGGCCCUGGAUUUGGUGUGAUCAUGGCUUUAGCAAGUUACAACCAGUUCAACAAUAACUGUUACCGGGAUGCAAUUGUCACCUGUUCAGUGAACUGUCUGACUAGCUUUCUAUCAGGAUUUGUAAUUUUCACAGUGUUGGGAUAUAUGGCAGAGAUGCGCAAUGUUGAAGUGGAGGAUGUGGCAAAAGACAAAGGUUCUGGUCUCCUGUUUAUAACCUAUCCUGAAGCGAUUGCUAACAUGGACGGCUCUCCCUUCUGGGCAAUUCUCUUCUUUCUUAUGGUGAUAACCCUGGGCUUGGACAGUACGUAUGGAGGUCUCGAGUCUGUCAUCACAGCAGUAAUAGACGAGUAUCCUCAUCUGUUUGCUGAAAGGAGGGAACUGUUUGUUCUGGGGCUAAUCGUGGUGUGCUUUGUGGGCUCUCUCAGCACUCUAACCAACGGAGGAGCAUAUGUGGUCAAGCUGAUGGAAGAUUUUGGAUCUGGUUCCUGCCUUAUUGCUGUGGUAUUACUAGAAUCCAUAGCAGUUUCUUGGUUUUAUGGAGUCCAGCAAUUCUGCAAUGACAUCCGGACAAUGUUGGGAUUUGCUCCAGGGCUGUUCUGGAGAGUUUGUUGGGUGGGCAUUAGCCCUGCCUUUCUUGCUUUCAUCACAGUGAGCUCAAUUGUGUACCAGCCCCCUCUCAGUCUAUUUGGCUAUGAUUAUCCGAACUGGAGUAUAACAGUGGGUUAUCUGAUUGGAGCUUCAUCCUUUAUAUGGAUACCAAUAUACAUGGUGUAUAAACUGGUGUGGACACCAGGAUCUCUUAAGCAGCGCCUCGCAGUCUGCAUUCGUCCAGAGAAGACAGUCAAAGACCAGAAGCCUGACUCCCUCUGCAUGAAUACCAUUCCAUAAUUCCCUGUACACGUAUAUCAAAGUUUAGUGUUAGGAUUUGUAUGGAAAUGUUUAAAAGUCCAUUACAGGACUUGUGGGAUUUGAAAAAUAGUGUUAAUACAUUUAACGCUCCAGUUCCGGUAAGAACAGAAGUAUAAAGUGGAUUGCGGAAAUCUGGAGAAGGUUCAGAAAAGAAUGCAUUACCAGUAAUUCACACUGCAUGACCUUUCACCUCGUCCCUUUGUUAUUUUCGUGGUGCAAAAAAGAAUAUUUUGCUAUUUCAACUGAAAGUGUCAUGAAAAAUUUUCACUUGUAACCAAGUGUUCAAAAUUUAAGAUUGCUUUUGCCAUCUGAGCUUUUUUAAAAUCAGAGUAUCCUUCCUCUACAGAGAUUUGAAUAUUACAGAAUUUAAAGACCACGUUAUACUGUAGAAGUGCUUUUAGUAACAAAACCUUCCAAUACAAAUAACACUAAAGUUUUUUCCUCGUAAACAGUUUAUCUGAAAGGAGUGCCUGAACUGGUCCUGAGCUUGCAGGGAAGGCAGAUGACUGUGAGUUCAGCAGACAGCUGGUGUUUUCUCCUUUGUUUCAUUUUUGAAUAUCAAUGUAAAGCUCACAGAUGCUUUAUAACUUGGAUUCAACACAAGUCAUUCAGUUGACAAUAUUUAGAUUUGACAUUAAUGCACCAGAGGCCAUUGAUUUGGUGUUGUCAGCUGAAGACAACCUCUUGCAGAUCCAAACUGUCAGAUGCAUAUAGUGAAGUAAUUCAAAAUGUGUUUAAUGUUCAGUGUAAAUUUAUUAGAAAAGUACAUGUAUGUAACCAUAUACAAUCCUGAGAAUUAGUUUCCUUGUGGGCCUACUCAAUAAAUCCAUAUAAUAAUAACCAUGUUCAACCAGUGUUCAAAGACAAAAAAACUGUGCAAAUACUAAAAGGAAGAAAUAAUAAUAAAUAAAUAAGCAAUAAAUAUCGAGAACAUGAGAUGAAAAGUCCUUGAAAGUAAGUUUGUAGGGACAUUUCAAUAAUGGGACAAGUGAAGUUAUCUCCUUUGGUUCAAGACCCUGAUGGUUGAGGAGUAAUAACUGUUCCUGAGCCUGGUGGUGUGGGUCUUGAGGCUCCUGUACCUUCUUCCUGAUGGCAGCAGUGAGAAAUGAGGAUGACCUGGGUGGUGGGUGUCCCUGAUAACUUCUCAAAAGAUUCAGUCAUUCAGUUUGUUACAUAGAUCCAUUGGAACUAGGAAGAUACCAAGUUCAAUCCCUGAACUGUGGUGGGUUAACUGAUUUCAGCUAGGGUGAUGAAGUCUUCUUCCCUAUCCAAACUUCACCACCUCUUCAUGGGCUAUUCACUAGCCCUUAGCAAAGGACACAAUUUGUUCUCAAAUGAAGACCAAAUCACCCUUGACAGUGACACGUGAGACUGAAAGCUUUGACACUAUAAACAUAAACGCACCCACACAAGAAAACCCCAAGAUAAGUUUCCAAGAAGAAUUGUGUGAAAUGUAUUGAAUAAAACGGGAGCUAAGAUCUGUUUCUAGACUGAGUUCUAUUCUCCCAACGAUAUUUCGCUCUUUCUAUUAUAAUUUCUACCAACCUUAAAUCCUUAUUCCUUUUAGAUCAUAAGAAAUAGGAGCAAAAUUUGGCUAUUCAGUCCACCGGCAUUCGAUCAUGGCUGAUUUAUUUUCUCUCUCAACCCCAUUCUCUUGCCUUUUCCCAGUAACCUUUGACAAAUAAUCUAUUAGUCCCACUUUAAAUAUAAAUUCCAGUUUCAUUAUUCUGUACUAUUCUAUUUUCUAUGUCCUUUGGCUAAAGACAUUCCUCUGUUCUAAAGGGGGGGGUUCUUUUAUUUUGAGGCUCUGCCUUCUGGUCCUAGACUCUCCCACUGUUGGAAACAUCCUUUCCACGUCCUUUGCCUUAUAUUUUCCUUCCGCCUUUUUCAUUCCUUCCUAACCCCAAAUCACACAUAGAGAACUUGAGCGAGAAAUCUGAAAUGCAAGUUGAAGUCAGACCCCAAAGUUCAAACCCACAGCUGAGCCAAGUGCCCUCAAAAUGUGGGUUUAAAGUACAGUACUGUCACCUGGUGGUUGGACAAUGAUAUUACAUCAGACAACCUCAGGAUUUGUUUCUUGCAUUUUGCUCCCAAAUAAAUUAGUUAUCAAAUUGUUCCUGUUUUGAUUCGGAUGUGAAACACAGCUACUUGGGUAAGAUGCUGCAUCAAUGAACCCAAUAGAAGUUCUGAAAGAAGGAAUAAUAAAAGUUAAAAUAUUUAAUCUACAAAUGACCUAUUAUUUAUUUACGGAGAUACAGCGUGGAACAGACCCUCCUGGCCCUUUGAACCAUGCCGGCCAGCAACCUCGAUUUAACCCUAAUCUAAUCAUGGGACAAGUUACAAUGACCAAUUAACCUAUUAAAUGGUAGGUCUUUGGACUGUGUGAGGGAACAGAAGCACCCAGAGGAAACCCAUGCAGUCACAGGGAGAAUGUACAAACUGUCACCGGUAUUGUAAAGUUGUGCUCAUCUCUACGUGAGCAUGAAGUCCCAUUUUAACAACCACUGCAAAUACAUCCAAAUAAUAAGGGGAAUAAGGAUAUAUUGAAUAUAACUUGUUGAUUUGAAUGAGUUCAAAGUACCUUAUUUUAUGAUUUUAAAGUCUCUAAACAGUUACGAAGUUCAAAACAUUGUAUUUGUGCAUGUUUGUACAGACUAACACAAGUAAGAUGCUGUUUUUUUGCAAAUAAGUUCUUAAAAAGACAUUGAAGGUUGUGAUUAUUUUUAACUACGAUUUUGUAAGAUAACAGAUAUAAUGUUUGUAACUUCGAAGAUUGUAUCUGGUUAAACCUUAUCAUUCCCCUUGUUGUCAACAUUCCAAAGUAUAGAAUAAAUUGUAGUGACAAUUGGUUAUAUCUCACUAUUGUAAGAUAUAGGUGAACCUCCACCAGCCUUGUGUUUUAUAUGUAAAGUGUAAUUUGAAUACACCCGCCUUGAGUGUGGUUUUUGAUAAAUAUGUUUU